AACCGGAGCUAGCGUUAGCUAAGCUAAUUGUUUAUAGCUUGUAUAAAGUGUAACUGUUAUUAUUUUAUGUUGUUUAAAUUACUGAGUGAUGUUCAGUGUUUAAACUCAUAAACUGAAUAAUUUGAGUAAAUCUGUUUCUUUAUAAAAGGAGUCAUGGCUGCGCCCGUGAGUCUGGAGCUGGACCCCAUCUUCCUGAAGGGUUUGGGGUAUCUGCAUUCCAAGAGCAAAGAUUCGGCCGAGAAACUCAAAGCUCUGCUGGACGAGUCGUUAUCCAGGGGAACGGAUUCGACCUAUCGGACGCUACUGAAGGAAGCCGAGGUUUCCAAGGUGUCACUUCCUAAACUCACCAAGCAGGACUCCAAAUCAGCCUCCAGUUCUUCAUCCUCGUCCUCCUCAUCCUCCUCCAGCAGCAGUAAAUCCAGCAGCACAGAGAAGAGCAAGAAAGAGGCCGAGAAACGAGCCGCUGAGAAGGUGAGGGUGGAGUGUGGUGAAGGAGGCGAGCCGCCCAAAAAGCCACGCCUGGAGAAGGUGGAGAACCGUUCGUCCCCCAUCACCUUCCUGAAGGACAUCAGCAUGACGGACUUCAGCUACAGCGACGAGACCAACGCCGAAGAUUUCGCCAUGGAGAUGGGACUGGUGUGCGUCGUCUGCAGACAGAUGACGGUGACGUCGGGUAACCAGUUGGUGGAGUGCCAGGAGUGCCAUAACCUGUACCAUCAGGAGUGCCACAGACCUCAGGUCACCGACAAAGACGUGAACGACCCGCGGCUGGUGUGGUACUGCGCCCGCUGCACCCGCCAGAUGAAGCGCAUGGCCCAGAAGACCCAGAAGCCUCCUCAGAAGAGCAGUCCCACGGUGACGGCGGCCACGCCCGCGGUUAAAGACCCGCUGGUGAAGAAACCAGAACUCAAACCCAAACCCGACACGGCCGGGUCCUUCCAGGCUUUCAAGAGGACCGAGGUGAAGGCGUCGUCGGGGGCGACGGUGACCCCCUCCAGCGGCGCAUCAUCCCUCCCCUCGGGCAGCGCCCUCACCGGCUGGGCCGCCUUCACCAAAACCUCCACCGCCACCUCCUCCGGGACCAAACCGGGCCUUAGCAAGCCUGCCCCGCCCACCAGCAGCUCGAAGCCUGCCGGUCUCUUCUCGCUUGGUACUAAAACUCAGUCGGGAGGCGGGAACGGGAACAACGGGGGUGCAUCCGCGCCCCUGAAGCCGCCCCCUCCUCUGACGCUGGGUAAACCGGCUCUGAGUCGCUCCAGCAGUUCGGAGAACCCGACGAAAUCGGGGUCGUCGUCGCCCGGGGCGUCGUCCGGCAGCGGGGCGGGGAACGGGGCCGCCUCGGGAUCGAACGGAGGAGCCGGCGGGAGCGGCGGUGGUAACAACGGCAACGGCGCGGCGAAAAUCUCAGCCGACGGCAAGACGCCAACGUCGCAGGAGUCUCAGAUGAACGCCAUGAAGCGGCUGCAGCUGGUGAAGAAGAAAGCGGCUCAGAGGAAAAUGAAAAAGUAAACGAGCCUGGCCCGGGAGGAGAACAUACCAAACUACCAACAUUCAUUCAUCAUAAUAUGUCAUUAUUAAUAAAGAAAUUUAAAAAAC